AUGACCUGCCACCUGUCACCUACCAACUAUCAACAAUCACCUGCUGCCUGCCGCCUGCCACCUACCACUUGCCACCUAUCACCUACCACCUAUCACCUGCCACCUAUCACCUACCACCUGCCACCUAUCACCAAUCACCUGCUGCCUGCCACCUGCUGCCUAUCACCAAUCACCUGCUGCCUAUCACCUGCCACCUAUCACCAAUCCCUGCUGUCUAUCACCUACCACCAAUCACCUGCCACCUAUCACCAAUCCCCUGCUGCCUAUCACCUACCACCUAUCACCAAUCACCUGCCACCUAUCACCUACCACCUAUCACCAAUCACCUGCUGCCUAUCACCUACCACCUAUCACCAAUCACCUGCCACCUAUCACCAAUCCCUGCUGUCUAUCACCUACCACCAAUCACCUGCCACCUAUCACCAAUCCCCUGCUGCCUAUCACCUACCACCUGCCACCUAUCACCAAUCACCUGCCGCCUACCACCUGCCCCCUACCACCUAUCACCAAUCACCUGCUGCCUGCCACCUGCUGCCUAUCACCAAUCACCUGCUGCCUAUCACCUGCCACCUAUCACCAAUCCCUGCUGUCUAUCACCUACCACCAAUCACCUGCCACCUAUCACCAAUCCCCUGCUGCCUAUCACCUACCACCUAUCACCAAUCACCUGCCACCUAUCACCUACCACCUAUCACCAAUCACCUGCUGCCUAUCACCUACCACCUAUCACCAAUCACCUGCCACCUAUCACCAAUCCCUGCUGUCUAUCACCUACCACCAAUCACCUGCCACCUAUCACCAAUCCCCUGCUGCCUAUCACCUACCACCUAUCACCAAUCACCUGCCACCUAUCACCUACCACCUAUCACCAAUCACCUGCUGCCUAUCACCUACCACCUAUCACCAAUCACCUGCCACCUAUCACCAAUCACCUGCUGCCUAUCACCUACCACCUAUCACCAAUCACCUGCCACCUAUCACCUACCACCUGCCACCUACCACCUAUCACCAAUCACCUGCCACCUAUCACCAAUCACCUGCCACCUACCACCUACCACCUAUCACCUGCCACCUAUCACCUAUCACCAAUCACCAAUCACCUGCCACCUACCACCUAUCACCAAUCACCUGCCACCUAUUACAACACUGUCUAGGAAACACAGUGUUCUCCUGUUUUUGGAGAGAGGAGGAACACAACACUCUCUUGAUUCUCUCUGUUCCUCUGGAGGCCGACUGGUAAUCUGCACAGCUGUUGGCUAA